AUGCCAACCGCAUCGCUCUCAGACGACUUGCCGCCACAAAAUCUACAUCCGCUCAGAGAAUACCAGGCCCCGGAACUGCCAGAGCCCUACUAUGACAGAUACGAACCAGAUAUCCCAAUCGCCAUUGAUUUCGGCUCGCUGAGUGUCCGCAUUGGACUCACCAACUCCGAGCAGCCCUCGAACGUCUUUCCAAACUUGGUUUCAAAACACAGAGAGAGGAAAACGGGCUACAACUUGACCUUGGUCGGCAACGAUCUCUUCAGGGAGUCCGUGCACUAUCCCACGCUCCGAUCCGGCGCCAAGUCGCCGUUCGAUGGCCUGCUCAUCACCAAUUGGGACUAUGUCGAGAGCAUUUUGGACUACUCGCUCGAGCAUUUGAGCGUCACCUCGGAGAACGGUUGCCUUAAUAACCCUAUCAUUAUGUCCGAGCCCCCGGCGGCUACGUUUGGCUACAGAAAGGGAAUGUACGAGAUGAUGUUCGAGGCGUACCAGGCGCCGAAGGUCGUGUUUGGAAUCGACUCGUUGUUCUCGUUCUAUGCGAACUCGAAGAAGAAAGAUGGUGUAGUCGUCAGUAUUGGCAACAAUCUGACCCAUGUAAUUCCCGUAGUGAAGGGGAAGGGCAUCCUUCUGAACAGUAAAAGAAUAGAUUGGGGCUGUGAGCAGGAGCUGCAGUUUCUACAAAAGGCCCUUGCUCUCAAGUAUCCGUACUUCCCUACUAGAUUGAAUCAGAGCCACACAUCCAACAUCAUCCAAGACCACGCCUACGUGUCUCCAAACUACGCUGAGGAGUUGGCCACAUACCUCGAUCUUGACAACCUAGAAAAAAAGGACGUUGUCAUUCAAGUGCCAGUUGAGGCUGCCGCCGAGAAGGCCAAAAAGACUGAGGAAGAGCUCACCCGCCAAGCCGAAAGAAGAAAAGAGCAGGGUAAAAGAUUGCAAGAACAAGCACAAAAGAAGCGCCUAGAAACGAUCGCUCAAAAGGAAAAGGAGUUCGCGUAUUAUAGUGAAUUGCAAGAAGCCAUUCUGGGCCUCUCAAAGACCGAAGCCGAGCGCAGAGUGAUUGCUGAGGAAUUUGAGAACGUUGAAGAUCUUCACAAAUACGUAGAUGGCUUGCAAAAAGCGAUAAGGAAGUUUUAUAACGGCGACGAAGAGGAGAAAGAAGAGGAGGUUGAUCCCGCCGCUGCUUGGCCAUUGGCAGACGUCUCUGAUUCAGAGCUUAACGAGGAAGACAUAAAAGAGAAAAGAAAACAAAAGCUUCUCAAAAGCAAUUACGAUGCACGAAUGCGUAUCAAAGAGGAAAAGAGACGUGCAGAAGAAGAGAAGAUACAAUACGACAAAGACCAGCAAGAAUGGCGUGCUCGGGACUUGGAAGAUUGGUGUACCGCCAAGCGUUUCGAGUUGGCGCAAAACAUAUCUCUGUACCGCAAACGAUCCAAGAUAAUGGAGGCUAUGAAAGACAGAAAAUCGUUGGCAGCUCAGCAGAGAAUGAAGAACAUCGCUGAGUUGGCGAAUGAAAAAGCAACAGGCAAUGGAGCCGGCAAGAAACGUCGCCGGAAUGCGGGUCCUACAGCCACUAUUGAUAAUGAUCCCACAGACACUUUUGGAACAAAUGAUGCUGAUUGGAAUGCUUACAGAGACAUUGAUAAGGCCUCGUUAGAGGAUGAACAGGAGCGCACAAACUCAGAAAUUUUACGUCUUGAAGAAGAAUUACUAGAGCAUGAUCCUAAUUUCCAUCAUGAAGAUACCUUUGCUGUGCAAGAAACCUUUGACUGGAAAAACCUGGUGUUGCACAAGUUCAUUCAUGGACCGCGUCAGAGUUUGACCGUGGCCAUGCAAACAGAAGGCCACGAUGCUGAUGAGCUUCUCAACAAUCCAGAAGUCAUUCGUCGCAACCACCAGCUCCACGUGAACGUAGAACGUAUCAGAGUUCCUGAAAUAUACUUCCAGCCACACAUCGCUGGUGUAGAUCAGGCUGGUAUCACCGAGUUGAUCCAAAACAUACUCGAAAGGAAUUCUGACAAGAAUUUCGAGGUGGGUGGCCAACUGAGGGCGUUUAUUGAGAACAUCUUCUUGACGGGAGGUGGCUCGCUUCUACCUAACUUCGAGGAGAGAAUCCGCCUGGACUUAAGAUCAUUACUUCCUUCCGGUGCACCUCUUCAUGUCUACAAAGCCAAAGAUCCUCAAAUCGAUCCUUGGAGAGGUAUGCAAAAAUGGUCCUUCACCGAUGAAGCGGAGCAGAGUUAUGUCACCAAGCAAGAGUAUGAAGAAUACGGACCGGAGUACAUCAAGGAGCACGGAUUGGGAAACGUAUGCUUGAAAGAUUUCUAG